CGUGACAGAGGCGCUGCAGCCCUGGGCAGCUGUGGAGAGGCGCCCGGACACGGACAGAGAGCAGACAGUGAGGAUGGGCGCCAGGCGCGGUGACUGACAGCCGCUCCACAGGGAGGGGCGCAGCUGCUGCUUGCUAAGUAGCGGCAAGUCCUAGGGAGUGACACUGAGGAGCAGCGCGGAGUGCAGGUGACGGAGCUGGGGUGCUGCCAGCAUGAAGCGGAGCCUGGAGGAGGAGAGCCGGUGACCCUGCUGUGCGCCUGCUGCUGCUGCUGACCGCCCUGCGCUGUCCUCCUCAGGAGGACCCCUAGUCCUGGAACUUGGAGCAGUCAGCAGCCCCCUGGCAGUCCCCAGUGCCCCCACUACUUUCUCAGCAUCCAGCACUUUUAUCAUUAGAACUGCACCAAUGGAGCCUUGGAGACAGUGCGCCCAGUGGUUGAUCAGGUGCAGGGUGCUGCCACCCAACCACAGGGUGACAUGGGACACGGCGCAGGUAUUCGACCUGGCGCAGACCCUCCGGGAUGGGGUCCUUCUGUGCCAGCUGCUCAAGAACCUCCAGCCCAGCUGCGUUAACUUGAAGGACAUCAAUCUUCGCCCGCAGAUGUCCCAGUUUCUGUGUCUAAAAAAUAUCCGAACAUUCCUGUCUGUGUGCUGUGAAGCCUUCAGCAUGAAGAAAAAUGACCUCUUUGAAGCAUUUGACUUAUUUGAUGUACGAGAUUUUGCAAAGGUUAUAGAAACGUUGUCCAAACUGUCUCAUACGCCCAUCGCACUGUCGUGUGGAAUAAGGCCGUUUCCAACAGAGGAAAGUGUGCAAGAUGAAGACAUCUACAAAUCAUUGCCUGACUUAAUUGAUGAGUCUGGGAUGGAAGAAGAUAAUGAGUUGUAUUAUGACUGCGUGUACAGGGAGGAUGAAGCCGAUGAAGUGUAUGAAGAUCUUAUGAAGGCCGAGGCUGCACUGCCCAGUAGGACUGCAGAGAGUGACAUUCGGAGCUGUUGCCUCCUAGAAAUUAAGCAGACAGAAGAGAAAUAUUCAGAGACCUUGGAAUCGAUAGAAAAGUUUUUUAUGGAUCCUCUGAAGAAAUUCCUGCCUACAGCAGACUUGCAAAAAAUAUUUAUUAAUAUUCCUGAGCUAGUGAAAGUGCACAAGAGCCUAGUGCUGGAGGUCAGCGACUCAGUCACACAUAAAAACAGUCAAAACCUCUACCAGAUCUUCCUGAAAUACAAAGAGAGACUUCUCAUUUAUGGAGAAUACUGUAGUCAUGUGGAGUCAGCCAUAUCUAUCCUGGAUAGCAUCUCCAAAACCAGAGAAGAUGUCAGAUUAAAGCUAGAGGAAUGUUCAAAACGGGCUAAUAAUGGGAAAUUCACCCUGCGAGACCUGCUUGUUGUUCCCAUGCAGAGGGUUCUGAAGUAUCACUUGCUGCUCCAGGAAUUGGUUAAACACACUACUGAUGAACUAGAGAAAAACAACCUACGUCUGUCACUGGACGCUAUGAAGGAUUUAGCUCAAUAUGUGAAUGAGGUUAAAAGAGACACAGAGACUAUUCGGGAAAUCGAGCAAUAUCAAAAUUGCAUUGAGAACCUGAAUCAACCCUUGGUGUUAUUCGGAAGACCGAAGGUGGAUGGUGAAAUCAAGUUUAGUACACUGGACAAGCGCACGCGACAGGACAGAUAUAUAUUUCUGUUCGAUCUGGCUGUCAUUGUGUGCAAAAGAAGAGGGGACAAUUAUGAAAUGAAGGAAGUGAUAGAUCUGCAGAAAUACAAACUAACGAAUAAUCCAACUAACGACAAGGAGAAUAAAAAGUGGUCGUAUGGAUUCUAUCUUACACAUGUACAGGGGCAAAAUGGCUUUGAAAUCUAUUGCAAGACCAGAGAUUUAAAGAAGAAGUUGCUGGAACAAUUUACAAUGGCGUUGUCCAACAUUCACCCAGAAUAUGCCACCUCCAGUAAUCAUGAAUUUAAGAUGCAUACAUUUGAACGAGUUACAUCCUGCAAAGUUUGUCAGAUGCUGCUCAGGGGGACCUUCUUCCAGGGAUAUUUUUGUUCUAGGUGUGGGACAGGGGCUCACAAGGAGUGCCUGGGCAGAGUGGAUACCUGCGGACGUGGAGAGUCCGGUACUUUGAAGGCUUGGAGAGAAAAUGGUCCUUCGAGGUCAGUAAGACCUACAGAUUCAGGUUUACCAAAAUUGCAGGUUAUUAGAACUUACAAUGGUUAUCCAGCACCUCCAGUGAACAAUGGCCCUUCACUCACCAUACAGGUUGGGGACACCAUUGAGUUAAUAAGGGCUGAUCCUCACACCCUGUUUUGGCAGGGAAAAAAUAUUGUCACUGGAGAGCUUGGCUUUUUUCCAAGUGAUGCGGUAAAACCAAGCCCCUGCGAGAUGCCAAAGCCAGUAGAUUACUCUGGACAGCCAUGGUAUGCAGGGGCUAUGGGGAGAGUGGAGGCAGAGGUGGAGCUGAUGAAUAGAGAAAACAGUACCUACCUCAUCCGACACAGAACGAAGGAGAUCAGAGAGUAUGCAAUCAGUAUUAAGUACAACAAUGAAGUGAAGCACAUCAAGAUAUUAACGAGAGAUGGCUUUUUUCGCAUUGCAGAAAAUAGGAAAUUUAAAAGUUUAAUGGAACUUGUAGAAUAUUAUAAACUUCAAUCUCUCCGAGAAGGUUUCAGGAGUUUGGACACAACUCUUCUUUUCCCUUACAAAGCUCCAGAAUAUCAAGCUGCACAUGCAAAUAAUCGGUCAUCAGGAAUGUUCUUGAGUCCCAGAGUUCUAGGUAUUGCCAUUGCACGGUACGAUUUCUGUGCCAGAGACAUGAGGGAGCUGUCCCUAUUCAAAGGCGAUGUGGUAAAGAUCUAUUCCAAGUCUGGGACCAAUGGCUGGUGGAGAGGAGAAGUGAAUGGCAAGGUUGGCUGGUUUCCAUCCACAUAUGUAGAAGAAGAUGAAUGACAUUAGUUAUCUACACUGGAAAUUUUUCUCAAGGUUGCAAAUUUCAGCUUAACCACCCCCAAAGCUUGGAGCAAUUGCACAAUUCUCCACUGUCUCAGUACUGAUCAUGUAACUAAUGGGCAUGCCCAGGAGGUGAGAAUCAUGUGCAUUCGGGAUGUUCCAUACCAUUGCAGGCUACGAAGGGUCGUGGAAUGAAAUAGACUUGGUGUACCAGUAUGUGAGAUCCAGAAAAAUCUACAACUGAGCCCAUAUCCUAAUAUGCAAGACGAAAGAUUAUACCUGUGCUAACUAGCAAGGUGUUGGCAAGACUCACACAUACAGUGCCUAUCAAUAUGAUCAACCCAACAGACUUUCUCAUGUUUUUUAUUUAUGGCGUUUAUGUGGGAUUUAAUUAGAUGAUUUAAAAUGAGAGUGAAAAAUCUAUGUUAACUAUUGUUGUUAAAUGCAAAAAACUGAAUGCGUAACUGGUCACCCUUUACAAUGCUCAUCAGAGACACCUUUGGGCACCAAAAACAUGGGGGAGAUGAUCAAACUGGUGUAAAGUAGAACUGGCUUAGUUGCCCAUAGCAACCAAUCAGAUUUCACCUUUUAUUUUCCAAAGGAGCUGUGAAAAAUUAAAGAAGGAAUCUGAUUGGUUGCUAUAGGCAACUAAGUCAGUUCUACUUCACACCAGUUUGAUAAAUCUCCCCCAUAGCCUUGAUUUAUCUCAACACAUUACGGCAUUACAGAGAUUUCCCAUUUGUUCCCAUGUGAGCUUUGAACAUACACAGGUUCUCUGUGACAUGAACGUUGUCUUUAAAACAUCCCCUCUGUUCACAUAAAAACCUCUGCUGCAGAUUCUGUCACCUUUUCCAGGAGAAAUAGAACUGUGUGCAACACAAUGGGGGACAUUUAUCAAUAAUGUUGUAAUUUGUGCCCAAAAAAUACUAACAUUACAAAUCAAAAGUGGUGAUUUGUUUCACCUCAUAUAGCAAAAGGCACGUGCCACUUUUAAAACUUGACUUUUUAAAAUCUAAAUUUGAUUAUCUGCCUAUUUCUCACGAUUUUUGACACUUUAACACCCAUAGAACUAAAAUCCGACUUUUUUUUACCGAAAUUCAGCUAACCCUGUCGGACCACACUUGUAACUUUUGAAACAUAUUUGUGACUUUUAAAGCAUAUUUGCGACAUUUCCAGUGGUAAAUUUUGACUUUGGUCUCAGACUCCGGGACGUUUUUGUUAUUGUUCUGUUUUUGUUGAACGUCCAUUUACUGACAGAACGCUGCUGUUUAGCUCCUUUAUAUUAGAUAAAAAUAAACACAUCCUGUUACUUACCUGUCACUUGUUCCCAUGAUGCGUUGGUUUUUCUUUUCAUAAAUGCGACUUUUUGACAAAAAGUUACAUCUUUAUGCCAUAAAUGCAACUUUUUACACAAAACACCGCCACAUAAGCUGGCUUAAUUGUCUGCAACAAUGUGAGCCAUUUCUGACGAUAAGAGGAUGAUAAAUGAUGCGUAAAAUGCUUAAAUUUGAUAUCGCCGCCCAGUUUCACAUUUAAAACUCAUUUCUAGCAUGAUGCAUUCUUUAUGGUGAAAUAUCUGGAGAAAACAAUUAAUAUAUUUGGCACAAAUCAAACGCCAUUCUUUUUUGGCGCGUUUUAGGCCAUAAUUCUGGCACAACAUGCUCAGUAAAUGUCCCCUAUUGUUUUCCCCCAGCUGAACCCAACUGUGCCUAUUACAAGCCAUUGGACUGCAUUGAGCAUUGCCGAUGUCUGCCAUGCAUCCGAUUCACCACUGGGUCGUGGUUUGCAUUUGUAAACAAAACUGUUGGGUAGAUUUGAACAAAUCUUGUUCUUUUUCACCAAAAUUACAGCUGACUUGCAGACUGCAGCAGGGUUUUCCGUCAGGGUUUGCAACAACUAGAAAUGAAAACUAAAAAUGUGGUGCAAACUGCAUCCCCUGCAGAAAUCUACUCACUUUUCAGGUAAUGUUACAGUUCUGUCAAGCAAGGAAAAAGCACCAAAAAUUGCACAAUGACUGGCGCAGAUAAUACACGUGAGCUCCUAACUGCUCAUAUGUGAUCUGAAAAUCAUGGAUUUUAAAAAAACUGUCUAUGGAUUACAGUAUUUAUUUUGUCAUAUUAAAAUUAUGCAUUCAGCAAUUUUCUAUUUAAAUAUUGCAAUUAAUGUAAAAAAGAAACAUGAAAAAUGUAAAAACAUGUUGAGUGAUUUCUGUAUGGGUACUGAUAUACGUAUGUAGCAGUCACCUCUGUGUCAUUAGUGUCAUUAGUCUCUUCGAAUCUACAUAGUGGUUUGUUCUUGAACUUAGUAGAAAUAAAAGACUAAGGCCCUGAUUUACCAAGAUCGGUGUGUGACACCAUUCCUGAUAGAGCCUGCAUGUAAUUUUUGACAAGGCGCAGGCCUCGUCCUAAAAUACGUGCCUCCUCCGGCAGUCCGAGCUGCUGCAGAUUUCAGACAUUAUUUAUGCCAGGUUCUGCCGUAAAUAAUGAUGUAGAUAUUAGAAUAUGGGCUUGCCAUGCUACUAGAAAAUGUGUGGGACAACUACAGAAAACAUUGAAGGAAGAGCAUCUGGAAAUAUAUUGUAACUGUAUGUAUUGUGGCAUGCCCUAUUAUUUAUGAAUUUCCAAAUUUUGUCUGUAUUAUUUCUUCCAACCUGUAAUGUGAAUGCACAGAUGUUGUUCUAUAUUUUGUACUAUGAUCCUGUCUGAGAUUCAGAUCUUAUUAUUUAUUGUAAGAUGUAGAAUUAACAGUAUUCAUUUCUCAUAUCUUUUUCUACUACCUAAAACAAUGUUUAGAUGCCACCUUAUUUCAUUAUGUAGCUUCACUUUAAACAAGCUUCUGAAUUAUAGUUUUUUUUUUUUACUGGACAAUAAGUUACUGAAUAAACCACAGACAAACACAGAAAGUAUAUGUAUUUAUUAAUUCCACCCAAAGACAAAAGUGCUUAUAUUGCUUACAUCAUGUAAAUGCAUACACAGAAUCAUUAUAUUAAAACCACCACACCGG